AUGCCAAGCCCUCAGUACCCUCCACACCCCUAUGCCAAGCCCUCAGUACCCUCCACACCCCUAUACCAAGCCCUCAGUACCCUCCACACCCCUAUACCAAGCCCUCAGUACCCUCCACACCCCCAUGCCAAGCCCUCAGUACCCUCCACACCCCUAUACCAAGCCCUCAGUACCCUCACACCCCCAUGCCAAGCCCUCAGUACCCUCCACACCCCAUGCCAAGCCCUCAGUACCCUCCACACCACCAUGCCAAGCCCUCAGUACCCUCCACACCCCUAUAUCAAGCCCUCAGUACCCUCCACACCACCAUGCCAAGCCCUCAGUACCCUCCACACCCCUAUGCCAAGCCCUCAGUACCCUCCACACCCCUAUACCAAGCCCUCAGUACCCUACACACCCCUAUACCAAGCCCUCAGUACCCUCCACACCACCAUGCCAAGCCCUCAGUACCCUCCACACCCCUAUACCAAGCCCUCAGUACCCUACACACCCCUAUACCAAGCCCUCAGUACCCUCCACACCCCUAUGCCAAGCCCUCAGUACCCUACACACCCCUAUACCAAGCCCUCAGUACCCUCCACACCCCCAUGCCAAGCCCUCAGUACCCUCCACACCCCUAUACCAAGUCCUCAGUACCCUACACACCCCUAUGCCAAGCCCUCAGUACCCUCCACACCCCUAUACCAAGUCCUCAGUACCCUCAACACCCCUAUGCCAAGUCCUCAGUACCCUACACACCCCUAUACCAAGCCCUCAGUACCCUCCACACCCCCAUGCCAAGCCCUCAGUACCCUCCACACCCCUAUGCCAAGCCCUCAGUACCCUCCACACCCCUAUACCAAGCCCUCAGUACCCUACACACCCCUAUACCAAGCCCUCAGUACCCUACACACCCCUAUACCAAGCCCUCAGUACCCUAACACCCCUAUACCAAGCCCUCAGUACCCUACACACCCCUAUACCAAGCCCUCAGUACCCUCCACACCCCAUACCAAGCCCUCAGUACCCUCCACACCCCUAUACCAAGCCCUCAUUACCCUCCACACCCCUAUACCAAGUCCUCAGUACCCUCCACACCCCUAUACCAAGCCCUCAGUACCCUCCACACCCCUAUAUCAAGUCCUCAAUACCCUCCACACCCCUAUGCCAAGCCCUCAGUACCCUCCACAGCCCUAUACCAAGCACUCAGUACCCUCCACACCCCUAUACCAAGCCCUCAGUACCCUCCACACCACCAUGCCAAGCCCUCAGUACCCUCCACACCCCUAUGCCAAGCCCUCAGUACCCUCCCCACCCCUAUACCAAGUCCUCAGUACCCUCCACACUAUGCCAAGCCCUCAGUACCCUACACACCCCUAUACCAAGUCCUCAGUACCCUCCACACCCCUAUGCCAAGCCCUCAGUACCCUCCACACCCCUAUACCAAGCCCUCAGUACCCUCCACACCCCUUAACCAAGCCCUCAGUACCCUCCACACCACCAUGCCAAGCCCUCAGUACCCUCCAGAACUGCACUGCCAAGCCCUCAGUACCCUCCAGACCUGCAAUGCCAAGCUCCUCAGUGCCCCCCCACCCCCAACAGUGCAGAGAGGGGAGGCUGACUCUCUCCCUAGAAAAGUGUUGA